CUUAGCCACUGCGUCAAAAUGGCCUCGAUCGAAGAGACGAAUAAAUACGAUAUUUAAUGUGCGCGUUUAAUAUCAAUACACGUCAAGACAGGGCACAUUAAGUAGUGUAAAAUAUUCAGGAAAAUUGAAAUAGUUUAUGGCGGCGAAUGUGCUACCCAAAAGAGAGACGUGACAUAAGUAUCGUACGUCGUUCCUGAGAGUUUGACAGAAGCUUCCAACCUAAAAAAUGGAUUACACGAAAGGCACCUUCGAUUGACUGCGUGGAUUUCGCAGAAAAGUAUUAACGCAAUCGAUUUAAGUACCGACGUACGAUCGGUACUACUCGUGAAAAUGAACUCCUGCGAGGAGAAAAUCCUAACUGGUCGGUGAGAUAAAACGGGAAAAUGAGGUUCCCAACUUGACCGGUGAAGAUGAUGAACGUUGGCUUAAGAUUAACUGGGACAAACGAUGCGAAAUGCGUACCAAAGGCCUGUUGUUGCUCCUCGUCUGUAUAGUCGGGAGCAGCAUUAUCUUCAUUGCCUUCAGCAACCCUCGCCCCUCGAUACAGACUUUAGUCACCGAGACUCACAAGCAGCUGCGAAACUUCCAGGAGAACUUGAAAGAUGUGGAGGAGAAACGAUUGGUAACCGAUUCCAAGUACCUUGCUUUGCUGGGGUUAAAUGGCCCGACGAACACCACCCCUUUGACCCCUAAGCCCCAAAAUGUGACGGUCGUGUCUCUGCUGCGACCUGGCAGCGAGCAGCAAAUUCACGGCUUCGUCCGAAAUGUCAGCCAUUUUCUACCAGGCAAUGGCAUCAUAGUGUACGGCGUGGGUUUGAACGAGGAAGCCUUGCAAAAUGUCAGGUCGGCGUGCAACUCCAGCAAGUGCGCGGUUAUCCGAUUCGACUCCAGCCCCUUUCCUACGCACGUGGAAGAUGACAGGCUCCAUGUCUACAGGCCCCUCGUCAUUCAGACCGCUCUAAACUCCCUGGGGACCAUCUUGUACAUGGAUUCCAACGUACGACUGAACUCUUCCAAGAUCUCCAAAUAUCUCUCCCCGAAGUCCGGCAUCCUCACCUGGCCAACGAGGCAUGCGAUCAGUUCUCUGACCCACCCAAAGAUGUACGAGUACUUCAGGGUCUCGGCGGAAAGCUUUUUCUUCCUGCCACUGAUCCGAGCCUCUCAUCUAAUCGUAAGAAAUACAAAGGAGAUCAGAGACAACGUGAUGCUACCGUGGGUCCAGUGUGCCCUCACGCGGGACUGCAUCUGUCCCAUAGGUGCACAGUCCGCUGGCUGCAGGUUCAACAAAAAACCUCAAUACCGGUACUCUGGCUGCCACGCGUACGACACCUCUGCCCUGAAUAUAGUCCUCGGACUCCACUUCAAGUUCGACGACACCUAUUACGUUCACCAGGAGCGUGAAUCGUUCUUUGCGAAGCUCCAGCCCGAGGAGCUCGCCGAGGAGUACCUGUCGAUAGCGCGACAGUCCAACGCGACCGAGGCCAACGCGAAAAAUUCUGUUUCGACGGAGCAUUGACACCUUACCUCUCCGAACUACUCCGAAACAUGCACAAAACGCGCAGGAAGAGGGCAAAUAAAGACCAGUGAACGGCUCACGGAUUGUUCUCGUUAUCAAUUU